ACUUUCCAGCAAAGUGAGCUAUCAGCUUUUCUAUUAGCUACCCAAGUUGGACCAUUCGAGUCCCAAAGAGCCAGCCAACUACUUCUCUCAUUCUCAUACUUUUAGCCAACAUAUCAUCUUCUCUAUAUUUAUGCACCCAACAUCCACUCUCAACUAGCUUAACUUUGAAAAGACACUAGUUGGUGUAUUUGUGGGUGCUGCAAUGGAUAUAAGAAACUGGUGCAGUUCAGGCAGCAGCAAAACCAUCCACUUGGGUGGGAGGCACUACGAUGAGAUCGACUGUAUGAGAUUACGGUCUGAUUCUGGUAGCAGAUCAAACAAGUUGAGGUGGAAAGUUUUGUGGGUGAAGUUGAAGAAAGAAAAGAGGAAGAUUUUCGAGUCCCCAGCCCCUGUGCAGGUCUCAUAUGAUCCUUACACUUACUCUCAAAAUUUUGAUCAAGGGUGCGCAUUGGACGAACUUGAUGAAUAUGAUGACCUAUCUCGCUCAUUCUCCAUGCGUUUUGCAGAUCCUUCUAACAUCUUUUUAAAGAAAGAAUCGAUGGUUUAGGAGAGCACAAAUAAAACUUGAUAUUGGAUAUCGAUAUGCGGUGUGUAUAUAGUAAUGUUCUUGAGCUCUGUCUCAUAGCUUCUUCAUCUAUUUUGUGUUGUUGUUGUUGUUGCCACUUAGUUUGGUUCUUAGAAAACACACAAGUUCAUCAGAUUCUAUUUCUGUUCUAUAAGAUCUCAGCCUAAAAGGGUCGACGAAGAUGAUGAGUUUUGUUUUGUAACCAUUCAAGUAGAAGAGAAAAUGAAAAUUCUGAAUAAACCUCAAUUGUUCCAAACUCCUUUACUUUCAUAUCAUGAAUCUUGCUGAAAUUUCAGGAUCAAGUUAAAGAGUUUACUUGCAAAUUGUUGUGAGAUAAGCUUACGAAUUCGACAGCUAAAGAGUUUUCUUGCACUUGCUGGAAAAUUAUGCUCUAGCAUUAGUAUCAUGAAUUUACAGAUGCUUAAGAUGCUCAUGGUGAUGUUUAAUUCAACACUGAAAAAGAAAGCAGACCCCAACUGUCAAACAUGUAAAGCUAUUCCUCUUGGUUGCAUCUCUGAAAAACCAGUAAUACCCUUGCUGCUUUGGCAAUGUAGUAGGAUACAAACGACAUUAUGUAUUUAUCCUUAUUCACGAAUUGACCCCAACGUCUGUUGUCUUUUUCAGUUGAGGACAUAUUUGGUUUACUAAUUAAGGUUAAACGACACCCCACUCAUCUCCCAACCUGAAAGGUUCAUAGAAAAUUCACAUUCACCAGAACUGGAAAUUAUUAGUAUACAGACUGACUGACUGGUCGUCGUAUUUUUCUUUUUCUUCUGCAAUAGGGUUUAGGGUUUUCAAAUUCCCAAUUCAGUGAACACCGUCGUUUCGAAAUCAUACACCCAUGGGGACCGAACUGGUGGUCACUACGGACCGGGUCCAGAAGUUCUUCGACGACCUAGAGGCGCAAAAGGCCAUUCUCUCCACAUCCACGAAGCUAUUCACAACCCUAUCCAAACACUUCAAUUCCCUCCAAGACUCCCUUUCCCAGAAAUCCCAAUCCCUAGAAUCCAAAAUCCAAUCCCUCGAAUCCCGUUCCCGCGAAACCUUAGAAUCCCUCGACCUCCGGGAGACCUCCAUCCCGGAGCGCGAGUCCGCUGCCGUCGCCCGAAUCGAGGAGCAGAAAGCUGCGGCCUUGGCCGAGUUCGAGAAAAGCAUUUCCGGGAAUUUGGAUUUGCCCGAAACCCUGAAAUCGUUUUCCAGGAAAAUGGAUCCGCAGGGAUUGCUGAAAUUCAUCGUUUCCAAGCGAAAAGAAUCGAUAUCGCUUAGGACUGAGCUUGUACAAGCAAUAGCCGAGGCGGUGGACCCACCAAAGCUGGUACUUGAUGCAUUGGAAGGGUUUUUGGAUUCUAAAGCCAAGAAAAUUGGGGUUACCGAUAAGAGGUGGGCGUGCGGGCUGUUGGUUCAGGCUCUGUUUCCGGAGGGUAGGUCCAAUUCCGGCGAGAAGGGGCCGGAAUUUUCCCGGAGCAUGGUGGAGAGAGCAGCGCGGAUUGCGGACACGUGGAAGGCGCAGAUGGUGGGGGAUUCGAACGGUGGAGGCGGGACAUUAGGGGCAGCGGAGGCCGUGAUGUUUGUGCAAAUGGUGAUUGGGUUUCGAUUAAAAGAAAAGUUCAGUGAGGAGUUCUUUAGGAAGUUGGUAAUGGAACAUGCGGCGAGGAGGGAUAUGGCAAAGCUCGCAGGGGCAUUAGAAUUUGGAGAGAAAAUGGGAGAUGUGAUUGACGAGUUAGUGAAGAAUGGCAAGGAGAUAGAGGCAGUAUAUUUUGCUUCUGAGACUGGAUUGACCGAGAGGUUUCCUCCUGUUUCUCUGCUCAAGUCAUAUCUCAGGAACUCCAAAAAGAAUGCUACGACCAUAUUGAGGAAUGGCAAUAAUAGUUUGGCUGCAACUGAGGAGUCGAGCACUUUGGAGUUGAAUUCCAUAAAAGCAAUCAUCAAAUGUGUGGAAGACCACAAGCUUGAAUCAGAGUUUUCUCUUGAUAGCUUAAGAAAGCGGGCUACUCAUCUGGAGAAAGCCAAGGCAGAAAGGAAAAAGAGCUCAGCAGCUUCCAGCAGGUCUCAUAAUAAUAAUAAUAAGCGAGCCUAUGGGGGUGGGGUUGGUGGUGGAGGUGGAGGUGGUGGCCGAGGGGUUGGAUCAUCUUCUUUCCGCCCUGCCAAAGCUGCCAAGUUUUCCAAUGCUUAUCCCUCCUUUAACAGGAGGAACCCAAAUCCUCCUCCACAACAUAGCCCUGCAACACGAUAUUCUGGUCCAUACAAUUACCCAAGCCAAAGUGUGUACGAUGGUCCAACAGCAGCCUCAUAUGGAUCCACAUAUGGAGUGCCCCAUGCUCAAAGCCCUGCUGCUCUUCCACCACAACACUACUCCCUCUCGGGGGACAACAUGGCUGCUGGCGGGUUCCGAAGCAGUGGUGCAUAUGGUGGCCAGACCAGCUAUGGUCCAUAUGAUUACGCAAAUGCUGCUCCACCAUCCUACCAACCUCCUUCAUAUCCACAGUAGUUAGAAGCAGACAUAGGUUAGAUGGAGCUUUGUUCCCUCUUGUAUUUGCUAGCCUUACUUGACGUUAGAGAGUUGCGUAAUCACAAUUGUUUUCAUUACUUUGAUUAUUAACUUUCCAAAUCAAAGGUUAAAGAAAACAAACAAAAAAACUAUUUAUCCAUUUCUUUCCAUGGUUUACUUCAAUGAUCAAUCCAAGGUUUUUUUUAAGUUCA